AUGGCUCCCGAGACUGGAUCGGACGGUAAAACGACUACACCGGUUUCUGGCGACGAGCGGACAUGGACACCUUGGGCUUCGAUGAGUUCCAAUUUUUCGGCUGAUGAAGCGUCACCUCUAAAACGUUACGAAUCUUCGCCGAGCCGAUGGCGGUACUUUUGCGGAGUGUGCGGUUCGCCCAUUGGAUAUGAAGUCGACCCUACCAGCCUCCCGGCUGAACUCAACUGGCCUCAUGUGGUGCUUCUCUGGACUGGGGCACUGGACCGCUCUGUUCUAGAGAAUGACUGGGUUCGCCCGGACCACAUAAUGUUUACCUCGUUUGGAAUCCCGUGGGUUCGCGAGGAGGUCAAGAACGGUAUCCAAGGUGCUCAAGAGCAUCCAUUCGUUCUCGUCGACCAGCCAAUGGGCAAGGAAUCCAUUGAGAAACUUCUUCCCUUGGUUCGUGGGACUGGAAUCCAUGACGAAGUCACCAUUUGGGAAUGA